CCAAAUUUGCCCCAAGCGGUUCCUGGCCCUUUAAUGAGCAGUUAUGCCUCUGCCGCAGGCAACUGCCAUCACCCUGGCUCAGUGGGCGACCCAGCGAUUGGUGGAAUCGGACCAACGUCUCACAGCAUCAGCCUCGUGUGGGAGACGGCAGAGGGGGAAGAGAUGGCGUUGAAUUGGGGGGAUCCACCAAAAAGUUGGGAGACGGGAGAGUGGGAAGGGACCAGUGUUGACGACGAUGCCUACAUGGCGAAGGGAGAGAGGGGAGAGAAGGGAGAGGUGGGAGAGAUGGGGAUAAUGGGAGCGAGGGGGACGAGAGGAGAGAAGGGGGAUAAGGGAGAAAAGGGGGAGGCGUUGGUGAGGGAAGAGAAUUCCGAGGAGACUGCGCGCGCGGAGAAGGGAGAGAGUGGCGAGAAGGGAGAGCCUGGGGCGAGGGGAGAGACGGGGUUGAGGGGAGAGAGAGGGGCGAAGGGGGACAUUGGACCGAGCGGAAAAAAGGGGGAGACCGGGGCGUGGGGAGAACAGGGAGAAACGGGGCCCGCAGGGGAGAGUGGAGCGAUGGGAGUCCCAGGGAUGGACGGCCCCAGGGGUCCGAGGGGAGAGAAGGGAGAGACGGGCCCCAGGGGUCCGAGGGGAGAGAAGGGAGAGACGGGCCCCAGGGGAGGGAGGGGCGCUGAUGGCGCUCACGCUAAAAAGGGAGAGAAGGGAGAGGAUGGGGAGAGGGGGGAGCCUGGGCCCCCUGGGAUCCAGGGCCCCCCCAAUGAAUCUCAGCUCACCGACGCCUUCUCGGCAAAGAUGUCGCACGAGGUGGCUGCGCUCUACAGCAACCUCGCAGACAACCCUCCUCAGUCGCUGACCUUCGACUCAGUGCUCACGAACACGAGGCACAGCUACGACCCCGAGGAGGGCCACUUCACGUGCGUGGAGGAGGGCGCCCACUUCUUCUCGUUCCACGUGCUGCCCCGCCUCUCCAUGCCACCCCUGCGCGUCAAACUGGUGAAGAACGAAAGCCCGAUGUUGGUGGUGUCGUCGUCGUCGUCUUUGUCGGCGUCAUCAGCGUCGUCGUCACUGUCCACCCCGCUGAGCGGAUCGACCGUGCUCAUGCUCAGGAAGGGAGACCAAGUGUGGCUGAGUGCAAUGCCGUCGAGCAACGGCCUCCACGUGGACGAGUUCACCGAUUGCUGCUUCACGGGAUACCGCCUCUAACGGCAAAUACAUUUUGUCGUGAUGAUGCUCUAGAGUGUGUAUGUGUGUGAUGCUUUGAACACAAACACACACACACACGCGCACGGGUAUAUAUUACCUAUUUGUACUGCAAGCUUUGCCGGUAACUUAAGAUUUUAAAAACGCAGUGUUUUUUUUGUCUGAUUGGAUUACUCUGCAAUUAUUAUUAUUUGCUUUUUAUCAUAGUUCUUCAUUUGAUUGGAAUGUCGAGAGUAUUAUUACCAGCCUUUAUAUUUCUC